AUGUCACACGAAAGAAGGCAUUCAAUUUCUCUAUUAUUAUCAAAAGUUAAUCCAAUUCCUGAAGGCUCAAUUCUUCAAUUACUUGUACCUUUGCUUCUAACACCUCCAUAUCAAAGGACUCCUAAACAAAUUUCAACUUUACAAAAUUUGACGAAAAAUAUAAAAUUUUUUAUUAAACAAAUAGAGGAAAGGGGUGAUGAAAUUCAUUCGCAAAUUUGCCAAUUUAUUGGAUAUGAAUUUAUAUCUGCUGGAGAUUAUGUUUGUCAUUUUGGGGAAACUGGAAGCAAAUUUUAUAUCAUUAUUGAUGGAAGUGUAAGAGUAUUAACGCCAGCAAAAUUAAAUGAGCCUGAUAGCAAUUUAUUAGAAGUUGCGCAGCUGCAUUCUGGGAUGGCGUUUGGAGAACUUGCACUUAUAAAAAAUCAGCCAAGAGCUGCAACUAUUCAAUGCAUUUCUAAUUGUUUUUUGGCUGUGCUUGAAAAAGAAGAUUAUUUAAGAAUCCUUGGCAAGGCUGAAGCAAGGAAGCUUGAUCAUCUCAUUGAUUUUUUACAGUCUUUGCCAUUAUUUCGAAAAUGAAAUAAAAGAUCAUUAGCUAGGCUUACCUAUUAUUUUAAGCCAAAGCAAUACAAAAGGAAAAAUAUUGUAUACAAGCAAGGAGACCAUGCUGAUUAUGUUUACAUUGUAAAAUGAGGAGAGUUUGAAUUAUUUAAAAAAAUUGGUCUCCCAGUUUCUGAAAAAAUUACUUACAAUAAACAGGGAUUGCAGAGGAAAGAAAUGAUAAAUUCUCCUCACAAAUUUGAAGCGAAAAUAGCAAUAUUAGCGACUGGCGAAAUCUUUGGUGAUGAAGAGAUUCUUAAUGAUACGGUUCGGCAGUGCUCUUGUAUUCAGUUAUAAAUAUAACAAAAUAUUCUUUGGAGAUUUAUCCAUAACACAUCUUUUCUUUGCAAUCUUUUCCCAGUAGAUAUUUCUCGGCACCAUUUAGUUGAAGCUUGUUCUUAUCAGUUAUUUUUUUUGCAAACUCGGUAUUUUUGCUCAAAUGCCUGACUAGGAAAAGUUUCGAAUAUAUUAACAUAGAAAUAUCCCCGAGGAAAAAACUGCAGCCAAUUUAUCAUUAAUUUUAAAUAAAAAUUUUUAUUUCACAGAAAUUUCAUUCUGGCCAUGAUGGUAUACUUGCCAUUCUUCAAUAGCUGAAGUUUUAGCUAUAUCUCGUAGCGAUUUUUAUACUCGCAUCAAAGCUGAAGAAAGUGUGAAGUAUCUAAUGAGUAGAAUAAUUUUGAAGGAAAGCUCAAGGCCAAAUGUACUUGAGAAUAUUGAUUUUCUUAACGAAAUUCGUCCAGCAUCAAGAAGAGAAAAAAUCAUUAGAUCAAUCACACCUGCACCAGGGUCUAUAAAUGAAUCUUAUAGGGAUAUAUUACGCUAGGUUUAUAGACAUUUUGAAAGGCCAAAUCAUUUUAAAAUUAUGAUAGAAAACACUAGUGAUAUUAUCAUCUUUUUAUUAUUUUAAUCUAAGCUAAUAUAAUCAAAAAGUCAAUAUCACGUAUGACCAUACUAAAAUAAGAAUAAGAACUCCAACCCCAUCUCCAUCUCCAUGCCCGGAAAAGAAAAGAAAAUCAAUAAAGCCUAUGACACUCCUUGAAUAUAAAAGGCUUAAAGAAGAAGCUAUAGCUGAAAGUAAAACAGCACAAAACUUUCUUCCUCGGAAAAAUGCGGGAAGACGUACUCCUAGUUUAGAAAGAAUAUACGCAAAAGAUUCAUCACCAGUAUCAUUUAUAAAACACAAUAAUUUCGAUGUUGAAUUUAAAAGGAAAAUCCCUGUUAAGUCUGGAGGGUUCUUUAUAGGAAAGCCUAAGCCUUCCUAUCCACCUUCUGCAACGAACUUUUUACAUUUAUAA